AUGGCCAAAGAAAUUGCUUUUGAUGUUACCGGAAACAAAAUUUCUAAUUCCAAUGGUGAUACUUUCAUUCUGCUAAUCGAUCAUGACAUUGCAUCGAUCUCUUCUCUCACUUCAAUGCUUCAACAACUUUCUCACAAAGUGAUAAGUGUCAAUGUGGCAAGUGAGGCUGUAUCGAUGCUCAAAAAACAGAUGGAUAUCGUACUUGUCAUCGCCAACACUGAAAUGCCUCAUAUAGAUUCACAUUCCUUCUACACUUCUUUGCUGACCAGAGACAUUCCUUUAAUAUUGAUCAGUCCAGAGGGAAAGAAAGCUAAACCAUCAAACUCUUUGGAAAAAAGAGCGUGUUAUCUCCUAGAGAAGCCUAUUUCUGAAAAAGAUAUCAACAACAUGUUGCAGCAUGUCUUAUCUAAUAAGAGCCAAAAGUUAACAAAAAUCAGCAUACCUAAAAGUGGAGGGGGCAAUAUGGAGAAACGUAUAAAUCAGAUGAAAGCUUUCAGAGAAAUCCUUAGGAGACAGCGUCCAUCAUCUUUUCUAGGAAAACCAUUGUUAAAAAAAUCAGCGUACCAAGAAAGAAGAAAUAUAGCAAAUGUUGAAAGGAAAAACAAAACUGUGUAUCCUGUUGAGUUUGAAAAUAAGAGAAAUGAAGGAAAUAAUAUAGAUAGUAACACUGGAAUACGCAAUAAUUUCUGGACUUAUGAGCAUCAGAUGAAGUUCUUUUCUGCUGGCGCUAACUUGGGUGAAAAAGAUUCUCAUCCAAAAUCCUUAUUGGGGAUUAUGAAUGAUCGAACAUCGAAGAAUGAAUAUCCUUUCACAUUAUCCAACAUAGCAAAGAAUUUCUUUGCAGAUAAGAACCGGAUUAAGGAGAGGGAUACAAUGGCGCUAAAGUUUUAUCAAGGAACAAAAAUGGACUUAAGCCGUACCUCUUGGUUUGGUAAUAUACCAAACAGUUCAUCCAUGGAAGCAGAUCGUGUACCUGCGGCCACAAGUAACAUCCCACCUUGCAACAUUUCUCCCACUGAUACUGUUAGCCAUACCAAUCUGGUUUCAACUAGCUUAAACGAUAACAAUUUUCUUGACCAUUCUGGCCUGCCAUCAAGCGUUGGUACAUCUAACUCAGGUAAUGCGACUCCUCUUGAAACCAACAUAGAAGAUAUAAGCCAGUUUCAACAAGAUGCAUGUUAUGAUUUGCCGAUUGAAGAUUUGAUUUCUUUUGACACUGACGUUCAUGAGAUGGACAUGCAGCAUGUGUUAGGAAAUAAUGGUUCUUCUGAGGUGAAUAUUUUGCCCAACACUCAUGUCGGCCAUGAGGAUUGA